AUGAUGAUCGAGUCCUUCCCCACCGCAAUUCACCUCAAAGACACCAACACACCCCCGAAUGCCCGCACCUACAUCAUCUUCUUCAUCACGGGGAACCCUGGUCUCAUCUCCUACUACACUACCUAUUUGCACCACCUCUACUCCCUUCUAUCUACAUCAAAUCGUUCGAAAACCCUCACUUUCCAAGUCUACGGCGCUUCCCUCUCCGGCUUCGAUGUCCACGGUAAAGAGCAAGGUUCUGUGCCAGGGAAAUCGCCGCCGUAUGGGCUGCUAGACCAGAUCGAGGGCGUGAGUAACUCCCUGCAAGCCCUCGUGGCAAAAGAGCGUAAAGGGAGCGGGCGAGAUGAAGCACCGAGAGUGGUGCUCAUAGGGCAUUCGGUCAGUCUCACAGCUUCCCACGGCACUGGCAAUCCCCGGAUCACGGGCCUUAAGUUAAUAGGUGUCGCUGCGCAGGUAGGGGCUUUCAUACUACUAGAGCUCAUCCGGCGCGAGAGAGGGCAACAGCUGCAGAGACAGCCUGGUUUGAACAUAGUUGGGGGCGUAUGUCUCACGCCGACGGUAGUCGAUAUUGCGAGGAGUAGCAGCGGGCGAGUUGCUAGCUUCCUCCUCCUCAUCCCCGGCUACGUUCUCAUAACAAGCCUCAUCGUCAAGCUCCUGACAUUCUGGAUCCCAUCCCGAGCGCUCGAGACGCUUGUCCGCGUCGUUACGCGGUUUCCGGCAGACGCGGCAGCUGUGACCGCGGCGUUUAUCAAGAGCAGAUGGGGCGUCAGACAGGCGUUACACAUGGCGCGAGAAGAGAUGCAAGUCAUCACAACUGAUACGUUGGACGACGAGAUCUGGGGUGCGGCAGCCCCAUCAGUUUCCGGAUUGCCCCGGCCAAAGCUGUUCUUUCUGUUCGCGAAGGAAGAUCACUGGGUAGCCGAUGAGACAAGGGAUGAGCUGAUCAGGCUCCGGGCGAGGAAAGGGGAUGGAGAGGAGUGGAAACCGAAGAUGGAGGUUGAUGCGUCGGGGCUUGUGCAUGGGUUUUGCAUCAGACACAGCGUUCCUGUUGCUGGGAAAGUCAAGGGGUACAUCGAUGAGAUUGUGGAGGCUGAUAUGGCUAUGAGUAUCCGGUAG